CAGAUCGUCAUCGCCACCCCAGGACGUCUCAUUGAUGUGCUGGAGAACCGGUACCUGGUGCUGAGCCGCUGCACAUACGUGGUGCUGGAUGAGGCGGACCGCAUGAUUGACAUGGGCUUCGAGCCUGACGUGCAGAAGAUCCUGGAGCACAUGCCCGUCACCAACCAGAAACCAGACACGGAUGAGGCUGAGGACCCCGAGAAGAUGUUGGCCAACUUCGAGUCAGGGAAGCACAAGUACAGGCAGACCGUCAUGUUCACAGCCACUAUGCCGCCAGCCGUGGAGCGCUUGGCCCGCAGCUACCUCCGCCGCCCCGCUGUGGUCUACAUCGGCUCCGCCGGCCACCCCCACGCCCGGGUGGAGCAGAAGGUCUUCCUCAUGUCCGAGUCGGAGAAGAGGAAGAAGCUGUUGGCCAUCCUGGAGCAGGGCUUCGACCCCCCCAUCAUCAUCUUUGUCAACCAGAAGAAGGGCUGCGAUGUGCUGGCCAAGUCUCUGGAGAAGAUGGGGUACAAUGCCUGCACCCUGCAUGGUGGCAAAGGCCAGGAGCAGCGGGAGUUCGCCCUCUCCAACCUCAAGGCUGGGGCCAAGGACAUCCUGGUGGCCACCGACGUGGCUGGACGUGGCAUCGACAUCCAUGAUGUCUCCAUGGUGGUCAACUAUGACAUGGCCAAGAACAUCGAGGAUUACAUCCACCGCAUUGGGCGCACGGGCCGUGCGGGCAAGAGCGGCGUCGCCAUCACCUUCCUCACCAAGGAGGACUCGAGUGUGUUCUACGACCUGAAGCAGGCCAUCCUGGAGAGCCCCGUGUCCUCCUGCCCGCCCGAGCUGGCCAACCACCCCGACGCACAGCACAAGCCCGGCACUAUCCUCACCAAGAAGCGACGGGAGGAAACCAUCUUCGCCUGA